GAAUUGUAGAGUUGGAAGGGACCCAAAGGCCGUCUAGUCCAACUGCCGUCAAUGCAGGAAUCCAGAUUUAAAACAGCCAGGGGGAAGAUAACAAGGCCCACCUCUGUUAAAAGUAUUAUAGAGUCUUGGAAAUCAGCCUUUCCAACCAGCCACAGCAGUCACCUAGCUGUUUAUGGAGGAAAGUGGGAGGCUGGAAAAUCCCCAGGCACACAUGGUAGAUCAAGAGAAAACUUCUCGACUUUUUAAAAAAUAUAUACUUGGGAUCUUUGUCGAUCAGUGAAAGAAAUCCUACCGGCUACAAUUAGUUAGAUGUUGGAAGAUUUCACACGGGCACACAAAGGAACAAUUUGAGACUCUCAGGAAUCUAGCCACCGACAUCUAAGAAAAGAACUUCCUGUAUCCAUCUGCUCAUUUGCAGCUUCAGGAAAACAAAAAGGACAACACAGGAGUAAAGUGGGUCCUCCGCCAACUCAGCUGAAAUUAAUUACUUGGAUCAAAAGCUUCAAGGGCAAACCGUUGAAAGAAAGCCGCAGGUUUGGCAUUCCUGCCUUAUCUUAAUUUUGAAAGCUGCAGGGCUUUACUGCCUGGACUAGUCUCACUAUUCUUCCAUGGAGCUCUCUACAGAAGGAUACCACUACGAUGAUUAUGAACUGAACACUACUUUCGACUACGCUUCCUUCGAAAUGCUUUGCUACAAAGGUGAGAUCAGAGCAUUCAUCACCUCAUUCCUACCGGCAUUCUACUCUGUCGUUUUCUUCGUUGGGCUCGCUGGGAAUUCCCUAGUGGUGGCAUUCUUCGCCUACAUCAGAAAACUAAAGACCAGGGUGGAUGUAUACAUCAUGAACUUGGCGAUUGCCGAUUUGUUACUGCUCUGCACUCUUCCCUUUUGGGCGGCAAGUGCCGCCCACGGGUGGGUCCUAGGUAUCCCUUUGUGCAAGAUCACGUCCGCUAUCUACACAAUGACCUUCAGUGCUAGCAUGCAAUUUCUGGCCUGCAUCAGCGUCGACAGAUACAAAGCCAUUGUCAAAUCCCAAGCUAAACCAGGGGCCAUCAACCAAUGCGUCAAAACGUCUUUCCUUGUCUGGGCAGCUGCCAUGUUCCUUUGCAUUCCUGAACUUGUCUUUAACACAGUCGUGGAGUUCAACAACAGACUUACAUGUUUUCCCGCAUUUCCUCAAAGCACGGGGAACGUAAUUAACGUAACCAUCGAAAUAGCAGAAAUGUUGCUGAGUUUUGCGCUGCCUUUCCUCAUCAUGCUAGUUUGCUACUCGGCUGUGGCCAGAACUCUCAUUUUGAGCCCCAGUGUUAAAAAAUGCCGGCCUCUGAAAGUUCUUGUCGCAGCGGUGUCGGUCUUUAUCGUCACGCAACUGCCUUAUAACAUCGUCAAGCUUUGGAAAGCCAUUGACAUUAUCUACCCGCUUAUUACAGACUGCAGCACAAGCAAAACCAUUGAUAUCGUAUUCCAGGUGACCAACAGCGUUGCUUUGUUCCACUGCUGCCUGAACCCCAUCCUUUAUUUUUUUAUGGGAGCCUCUUUCAAAAUGCACAUGGUCAAAAUGGCAAAGCGUUGCGGCUACUGGAGAAGGCAGCAGAGCACAGCGAAUGAAGAAAUUCCUAUGGACUAUGAAGAUUCUGGGCAAGAAACCAGUAGCUUCACUAUUUAGAAAAUGGGGAGAAGGAAAGCAAUCCGUGUUCGCUUAAGCCAGUCAAUGCCUGGCUGUGCUGGGUUGACACAGAGAGAUCCUUGAUAAAAGAACUGAAUAUCGACUGCGAUUGCUUCACGUGGUAGGAUGAAGCUGUUCUAAUCGAGCAGAUAGCUGGACCUAGCGUACCUGCUCUUUGCUGACAACAUAACCUAGUUUAAAUGGGCUGAUCUAUGCAUACAGGAAAUGUUGCACAUUAUUUCUAACAUCAAAUAAUACAUACUAAUGAAAUGUUAAAGUGGAAAUAAGCCUGCUUAG